AUGCCAUCCCCUUCGGGGGCGGAGAGGGAGGGCGGUGCGGAGUACGCGGAACGGAUCAUCCAGGGAACGGCGGAGCUGCGAGGCGUGGAGGGGCUGAUGAUGUCCUUCAAGGUCGGGUGGCCGGUUUCGCUGGUGCUGUCCAAGAAGAGCCUGACCAAGUACCAGCUCCUUUUCAGGCACCUGUUCUUCGCCAAGCACGUCCAGAGGCUGCUGUCCAAGGACAGCUGGAGAGAACACCAGGACACGAAACAGCUGGAGCUGAAGGGGCUCAUGAUGGCCUCGUACCAGUUGCGCCACCGCAUGCUCCACUUCAUGCAGAACCUGGUGUACUACAUGAUGGUCGAGGUGAUCGAGCCGCAUUGGCACCACUUCAUGGACGACCUCAAGAAGCUUUGCGGCCUCAAGGUGCGGGAAUGGCCGCAGGCCGGCGGCGGCAGCGGCGGCGGCAGACGCGGCAGGGACGAAGGGGAGACCGGAACUUUGGACGACGUUCUCCGACGGCACGAGCAGUUCCAGGACCUUUGCCUGAAGGAAUGUCUCCUCACGAACAUCGGCCUCCUGAAGUCCCUGACGAGGGUGAUGAUCAGCUGCCUACACUUCGGAGACCAGGGAGGUGUUUUCGCAGCCGAGAGAGAGGCCCAGGAGGCCGCCGACAGAGAAAGGGAGAAGGAGGAAGACAAGCAAGAAAAGGCGGCGGAACUCCUGCAACGGCGGCGGUCAUCGGUGGGAUCGGGAACUGCCAGCGUGCAAAGCGCGGGACUCGGGCCGAGAAGAAGCCUCAGCGGCAGUAGAAGAAUCGAAAACUUGAAGCGACGCUCUAGUUCCAUGCGCUCCGCGCUAGACACAAAGAGGUAUAAGGAGUACAUCCAGCGGUCGCAGGAGGGGUUUGACGCUAGCCUGCAGGUGUUCGCAAGUCAUCUGUGGCAUGACGCUGAGGGGCACUAUCACUCCCACCUGAACAACCUCUGCGCGCGGCUGGACUACAACGGGUUCUUUUCCAAGACGUCCCGACGGAUGGUUCCUUGAUUUACAUCCGGCGUGGGCAUCGAUCGAGGGCGGCGGUAGGAUUAUACACGAACGCAGAG